UUCAAUAUAAAAUUUUUUGAAAAAAAUUCUCAAAUACUUUUUUUUCGGUACAAAUUUUGGUAUAGAUAUUUUUUUUGAAAUUAAUUUCGGAACUUUAUAAGUCGACAAAAUGUGUUCUCCUUGCGGACCGGGAUGUGGACCCUGCGACCCCUGCUGUGGGCCCUUCGAGUGCUCCCCCAAGUGCUACAACUCGGCACAGCUGGAGGCGUUGCCGCAAUGUGCACCGCGCAUACCGCCGCCCUUCCCCAAGUGCAUCACCGUGCAGCAGCCACCUCGCAUGAUCUGCAAGAAGCGGGUCGUGUUCACCGAGAAGAUUGUGCCGGAGCCGAUGGUUGUUAACCGAUGCAGGCAGAUCACGAUCCCCAAGGUGGUCGAUGCCACGCGAGUCAUCAAGGUGCCGAAGCUGAUUUGGGUCUCGCAGAUGGUGCGGGAGCCACGCGUCAUCUACUACCCGUCGAUGAUACCGGACCCGUACGUCGUCUGCUACCCGAAGCGGGUCUGCGAGCCCAGGGAGGUGUGCCAGUCGAUCCUUUGCCAGCCGAAGCCGCAGACGAUCGACAUCCCUCCUCCGAGGGAGUACUGCUGCUACCCCAAUGGACCCAUCAACUACAAGCCGAGCGCCGCCUGUCCGCCGUGCCCCAUUGGACCCUGUGCCCCGGGCGGAGGAUGCUGCCCCUUGCCGUGCUUCUCCACCAACCAGUAUCCCAUUGCCGAGGGCCGCUGUGGCCCUUGUGGUCCCUGUGGGCCCUGUGGGCCGUGUGGUCCUCGUGGCGGACCCUGCGGACCCUGCGGACCUGGAGCUUGUGGACCGUGUGGUCCGGGCGCCUGCGGCCCCCGCUGUGGACCCUGUGGACCGUGCGCUGUGCCUAAUUGCGGACCCUGCGGUCUGACCAUGCCUUCGGGUCCCUUCAUCCCAGCACCCUGUGGCCCCUGCGGCCCUGGUAGCUGUGGUCUGAACGGCCCCUGUGGACCAUGUGGACCCUGUGGACCGUGCUCGCCGCCGUGUCCCUACGAAUCGCCGGAGUGUGGACCCUGCUACCCGUGCGCACCCACUCCGUGGAACACGCAUUGUGGACCAGUCGGACCGUGUGGCCCUCAAGUGCCCUGUGGUCCCUGCGGUCCAUGCUAAGCAGCCGCCAAAGAACCCUUCCCUGGAGUACACGUUGUCGCUCUGGAGUGCCCUGUGUUCCUUGUUAAUCGGCUUAGCGUGGCUCUCAAACUGAUGACUGCAACGUUUGGGGAGUCCUG